AUGAAGAGAGGAAGAGAUGAAGGUGAGUUAGAGGGCUUAAACAUGGUUAAUUGUUUGAUGUUACUGUCCAAAGUUGGGGUGACAAACCCUUCCUCAAAGGGUAGUGAUGGUGGUUUUAAGUGCAAGACUUGCAAUAGAGUAUUUCCUUCUUUCCAAGCUCUUGGAGGGCACAGAGCCAGCCACAAGAAGCCCAAGCUUAUGCUUUCUUCCUCACAUCUACCUUUGAAGCUCAACAAGAUGCAUCCAUGCCCCGUCUGCGGACUUGAGUUUGGGAUUGGACAAGCCCUCGGAGGCCACAUGAGAAAGCAUAGGGCUCCUGUUAAUAAGAAUAAGUUUGAUUUGUGCUUGGACUUGAACUUGACCCCUUUAGAAAAUGAUCAUCUCAACCUCAACUUGAGGACGCCCCUCGUUAAUUUUUUUGUUUGAUUUUGCGUACUCAGACUAUAUAUGAUUUUCUUCGUCUAUGAGAUCUCUCUUUCAGCUCGUAGGUCAUAGCCAUGAGAUCAGCCGUAGUCAGUUUCUAUUUCUUUCUUUCGUUUUUUGUUUACUCUGCUGCAAAUAUUGCAGACUGCGCGACUUCAUGAUGAUGGAACACAUAGCUUCAAAGCAUAUCAAAACCUUCUUUUACCCUUUUGACCACUGCCACAUCAUAGUGUUUUUGUCUCGUUUACUUUUAGUCUUUCUUUUACUUGCUUUAAGCUAUACUUUGUCGUUUUAUUUAUUUUCUUGUACUCCUCUUCCUAUAUAUAGGGGAACAGUGCACAGAUAAACACAAGAAAAUCAUU